CAGGCCAUGCGCGGGCGCGUCUCGUCCUCGGCGGCGCUUGCCCCUGCGCCUGCGCCGGCGGUCAAGCGCAAGCGCGCGCGAGACGGCGACGGCGAGCGGGAGCGGGAGCGCGGCGGGGCGGCGAGCGCGACGAGCAGCAUCUUGGUGCCGCGGGCCGAGCGGGCGCAGGUCAAGGACGGGCGCAAGAAGGACAAGGGCAAGCAGAACGAGAAGGAGAAGGAGAAGAAGCGGGGCAAGGUGCCCAAGGGCGGCAAGCUGCGCGCCGAGGCCGAGGGAGAAGACGAGCUGGACGAGGUGGAGCAGCGCCUGCGAGCUCGUCGCGAACGCCGCCGUGCCAAAGCGCUCAUCCGCAAGGACCGCACCCUGACCGCCGCCGCCGUCGGAACGGCCGCCGCCGAGAAGGUCAAGGCGUCGAGGCGGCGGCGGCAGGCGGCGAGCGACGGCGAGACGGACGAGGACCAGGAGAACGAGGGCGUCGCGAGGAAAAAGGUCAAGCGCACGACCAAGGAGGGCCGCAGCCGCAAGGUCGUGCAGGAGAUGGGCAAGGCCAAGAACGUUACGUCCGGUCGGCUCACGCUCAAGCCCAAGCCGCAGAUCGGCAUCUUCAACAAGGGCAAGGCGUCGACCCGCAUGAAGCUCGGCGGCAAAGGCAUCCCCGACUUCGCGUUUUCCGAGCGCGCCUUCCUCCACGGCUCGGCCUCGUCCGCCGCUUCUUCCUCGUCCUCCUCGUCGACCUCGAGCAGCGCAUCCUCCUCGUCCGACAGCCUCUCAGCACCCGUCGCAGUCGUCGAGCCGCCACGCCGACGCACGUACGGCUCGAAGCCCGCCAACCGCACGAGCCUGUCGCGUCGCGCGAGCUCGUCGUGGCCCGCCGUCGCGCCCGAGCCCGCCUCCUUCGACACGCCUUUCCUGCCUUCGACCUCGCCUGCCCCCGCACCAGCACCCGAUCCGGCCUCGGCGCCGCACAGCAAAGCGCGCCGGUCGCUCACCCGCCGCUUCUCGCACGUCGAGCUCCCGCUCCGGCCGAGCUCGCCUGCCGCCUCGAGUGCUGCACAGCAACUUCGAGGCGCGCUCGAGUCGAACAGCGGCGUGCGCAGCGCCGAGUCGCUCGCGCGGGUGCAGCGGCUCAGGAAGGACGAGGCGAGGGCGGAGGAGCUGCGGCAGCACGAGGGUCGACGGGCGUCGAGCGCCGCUGCACUCGACCUCGCGCACGAGGAGCAGGCGCCCGGCGAGGUGGAGGCGAGCGAGGGAGCGGCGACGGACGACGUCGAGCGGCUCCUGAGGGAGGUCGAGAGCGCCGGGGCCGGGGUUGAGCCGGACGGCGCCGAGCGCCGCAGCGAGUUCAGCUACGGCGGCGGGGCGGGCGACUUUGGCGACGCACUCGACGCCCGGGAUGGUGUGCCAGACGUGGCGGGGUGGGCCGCACCUGCCGGCGGCGACAUGGUGGUCGACGACAACGUUUCGCCCCUCUUCGCGCUCGACGACGAGCGUCGGCCCACCGCCUCUCUCGACCUCGGCCCUUCCGCCGCCUUUGACCCGCCGCACGACUCUCGCCUCGAGCCGUUCCCGCCGUUCGACAACCUCGGCGCGCCCCUCCCCUCGUCGUCCGCAUCCCUCUCGACCGACCCCCCCGCUCGCCCUCCCUCAAGCCUCGACGCGCCGCAGCGCUUCUCGUCGACCCGUUUCGACCCGCGGGUGGCGCCCCUGCACGACGACAGCGCGUACCGGGCGGCCAUGAGGGCGCAGUGGCCGAGGACGACGCUGUGA